ACUCUGAGGAGCCACCGAAAGCUGAGGCAGCGCCAUACGCCCAGCUGGAAGCCGCAGGAGGUGAGCUGCCCCUUCCAGCUUUAUGCUCACCGCAGACAUUUAAAUUUCCGUCGAAAUCUCUGCUUUUUGUCAAGAUCAAGCCUGGCACUGGCAAUAUUACCACCCAUCGCUAACCCCUGUAGCCGGCACCCCGCUCAAAGGCCUUGGGGAAGCCGGCGGGGAAGGAGAAGGAGGAGGAGGAGGAAGCGUUCACCCGCCCGCGCUGCUGCUCCCGGGCGCUUCUCCCUCCAGGCCUCACCCGUCCCCAGGCCGGGCCCUCCGCUCUCCCACCGCUCCAUCUCCCCGUGAGGGAAAUCCCGGAGGUUUCGGGAGCCCUGAGAACGUCGGGGAGGCUGCGGAGAGGCUGGCAGCCCCGCCCGACCCGCGCUCACCGAAGAUGCCCUGCACGAUGCUGAAGGGGUUGUUGAGCCAGUCGGCCACGCACGGCAUGGCGGGGAGGAGGGCGGGCAGGGGGCUGCCGGCGCCCUGCAGCCGCUAAACUCCCGCUCGCAAGCCCAGCACGGGGGCUCCAAACUUCCGCCCUUCUCCUCCUCUUCCUGCCGCAAUGGCGGCUCUGCCAGGCCCGGGUCCGCCUUCUUCUUCUCCUCCUCCUCCCCUUUACGCCCAGAGGCCCCCGGGACGCGUCGCCGCCGCCGCCAUCUUAGGAGCGGGCAGCGGGGGUGAGGGCGGAAAGGGCGGUGCGGCCGCGGGGAAGGGACGUGGCCGAGGUGCAGCUAUGGCGGCGGCGAAGCCGGGCGGUACCGGCGGUACCAAUUUGCUCUUCUCAGCCUCUGCCACCGAAUUUAAUUUUACCGUGCCCUUCAUUCCAGUCAGCCAGGCUCCAGAUGGACCGCCGGGACCCGCUCUCCUGGCAGCCGAUGAUUCUGGAGAUGUUGGUGAAGAGGACAGCUUCUUGGGUCAGACUUCUGCCAGCCCCAAUCCACCACAGACUUUCAACUAUUUCUCUCAAGUCCCCAGUAGCAGUGAUCCAUUUGGAAGUAUUGGGCAGCCACCCUUAACCACUGUUGCACCUCCUGUUGGAGCACCAGCCCUCUCCAGGCCUCCAACUUCACUUCCACUUGUGUCUGGGUCACAGGAUGGGCAAAAUGCCUUUUCACCACCUCUUCCCAGUUCACAGCCCUCUCACAGUGCUCCACCUACAUCACAGGUUGGAACUGGGGCUUUUCAGACUCCUCAGCAGAGCUGUCCCCCACCUGCAAAUUCAUCUGCUCCUCCCCAAGGAACAUCUCAGCAGGGCUUUAACCCUUACAGGCACACCACCCUCAGCAGCAGAGCUAACCCAUACCUUACUCCACCACAGCUACAACAGGGUUAUGCACCUCCUCACUCACCAUCCUGUGUCCCACCUGUCCAGAUGUAUCAGACACCUCCGGGUCCACUGACACAGUUUCCACAGCCUCAGUCACAGCUUCAAGCUUCCAGGUCUGCAGGUCCAUUGGUCCCAGCACCUCCUGUUCUGCUGCAGAACCAAUAUGAGCCAGUUCAGCCACACUGGUUCUACUGUAAGGAGGUGGAGGACAAGCAGCUAUGGAUGCCAUUCAGCAGUCUGGAUUCUGCCAAACUAGAGGAAAUCUUUAAUUCUGUCCAGCCUGAUCCUGAGAACGUGGUCCUCAGCACAGAUGGGGGACGCUAUGAUGUGUACCUGUAUGACAGAACAAGGAAAGCUGUGUACUGGGAGGAGGAACCCUCUGAAGUGAGGAGAUGCACCUGGUUCUACAAAGGAGACAAGGACAGUCGGUUCAUUCCUUACACUGAGGAUUUCAGUGAAAAGCUAGAGGCAGAAUAUAAAAGGGCUCUAACUACAAACCAGUGGCAUCGGCGGCUCGAGUUCCCAAAUGGGGAGACAAUUGUUAUGCAUAAUCCCAAGGUCAUAGUUCAGUUCCAACCUUCUACCACCCCAGAUGAAUGGGGCACUACUCAAGAUGGUCAGGCAAGGCCAAGGGUUGUAAAACGUGGAAUUGAAGAUGACCAUGAUGAAAUUCCUGAUGGAGAAAUGUCCCAAAUUGACCAUCUGGUAUUUAUGGUUCAUGGCAUAGGUCCUGUGUGUGACCUGAGAUUUAGAAGCAUUGUUGAAUGUGUUGAUGAUUUUAGGACUGUUUCUCUGAAGUUGUUGCAGACUCAUUUUAAGAAAUCUAUGGAGGAACAUAAAGUGAGCAGGGUGGAAUUCCUCCCUGUUCACUGGCACAGUUCCCUGCAUGGAGAUGCAACAGGUGUAGACAGGAACAUCAAGAAAAUCACUUUGCCGAGCAUCGGGCGCCUGCGGCAUUUCACCAACGAGACCCUGCUCGACAUCCUGUUCUACAACAGCCCCACCUACUGCCAGACCAUUGUGGAUAAAGUGGGGAUGGAAAUGAACCGGUUGUACGCCCUCUUCAUGAGCCGCAACCCGGACUUCAAGGGAGGAGUCUCUGUGGCCGGGCACAGUUUAGGUUCUUUAAUUCUAUUUGACAUAUUGUCUAAUCAGAAGGACUUGGCUUCAUCAGUAAAUAGUGGGUCAUUGCCUGGUGUUAAUGGGACUGUAAAGGAUGUGACUGUCCAUGAUAAACAGAUGACUGAAGAUACCAGUUCCUUGGGCUCCUCAAUUGCUACUUCUGGUGAUGAUCUGUGUGAGCCUGAAGUAGAUGAUGAUGUUCCCACUUUGCAGAAAACUCUUGAACUGCUCAGUGUGUCAGAGUAUGCAAACAUAUUUGAGAAGGAGCGAAUUGACAUGGAGUCUCUGCUGAUGUGUACAGUUGAUGACUUGAAGGAAAUGGGGAUACCUCUUGGACCAAGAAAGAAGAUAGCUAAUUUUGUAAAAGACAGAGCAGCCAAGCAGGAACAAAAGAAAGCAGCAGCUGAAAAGAAAGCUGUGCUGGCUGCUACACUCCAAACUCAAGAAGAUGCCCAGAAAUCAAAAGAGGCUUCUGUCUCCCCUUCAAUGUCUGGUCAGAUGCACACAAAGAGGAAGCUUCCAGUUGGUGCCUCUGUUUCUUCUGUGAACAUUGACUACGAAUAUUUUGAAGUUGGAACUGGCCAGGUUUCUGUGGUUUACAGUGCACUGGACUUUGAACCAGAUAUUUUCUUUGCUCUUGGCUCUCCUAUUGGUGUGUUCCUUACUGUGAGAGGUGUGGAGAAGAUUGAUGAAAACUACAGGCUUCCUACCUGCAAGGGCUUCUUCAACAUCUAUCAUCCACUUGAUCCAGUAGCUUACAGGUUGGAACCAAUGAUCAUUGAAGACAUGGAUUUAAAACCAGUUCUCAUUCCACAUCAUAAAGGCAGAAAAAGAUUACAUCUGGAGUUGAAGGACUCUCUGUCUCGGAUGGGAUCUGACCUGAAACAGGGGUUUAUCAGCUCUUUGAAGAGUGCAUGGCAAACCCUGAACGAGUUUGCACGUGCUCACACAUCUUCAACUCAGCUACAAGCAGAACUGGAGAAAGUAGCAAACCAAAUUAAAGAGGAAGAAGAAAAACAAGUGGUAGAAGCUGAGAAAAUCACUGAGAGUCCAGACCUUCCUAAAGAUGAAGAUUUUUUGGUGAAGGUUGGAAUGCUAAAUGGAGGACGUCGUAUUGAUUAUGUUCUACAGGAAAAACCAAUAGAAAGCUUCAAUGAAUACCUGUUUGCUUUACAGAGUCAUUUGUGUUACUGGGGGUCUGAAGAUACUGCCUUGCUGUUUCUCAAAGAAAUAUACAGGACUAUGAAUAUAAAUCCUGAACAGCCCCAACACUGAUGUAGAGAUACAUGAAUUUCCACACGUGUUGCUCCGACAGACCUGGUGAAAAACACUUUGAAGAUCAUCUAAUAUUUCAUAGUUAUGAUGGAAAUAACAGAUGACAGAAUAAGCAUCUGGCUUUAUUAUUUUUUGCCAGUCCAGAACUUGCUCUGAUUCUACCUUCUUGUGUCACUUCAAGCAAGCUUCAAUUUUGAGAUGAUCAGCUCUCUAAUUCAAGAGGUGGAUGGAAUGGCAGAAUUUUGAUUUUAAAUCAGCUUAAUUGUACAGUUGCUGAGUCUAAAGUGAUUGUUGAGGAAGGUUUUUUUUUGGCAUGCAGAUCAUUACUUCUCUCCUUCAGCUGCUCUCUCUCCCUCUCAGCUGGCUGUCAAACAUGCUUUGCCUAUCAAGGCAGAAUGUCCUUAUGUAAAAAGACUUGUUGAGAAACAGCAAUAAUCUGCUUUUCUCAUCACUUUUGUUGGUCCACCUUUUAAAAACAGAAUGUGAGCUGUAGUUAUACCUAUCUUUAAUACAGACUACACAAAACAGUUCAUAUUUACUAAAAACUAGCAACCAGAAUAAUUUUCUUACUAUUGUAAGUGUGAUGAUUAUUUAUAAAGAACUUUUUAAGCCUCUGUUAAGAGCUUUUUUGUUUUGUUUUUUUUUUAAAGUAAAAAUGAAUCUUUGACUCUGAAAAUGUUAGAAGUUUGUUACAGCUGUUCAGCAUUUGCUUCUCCUGAAAUGAAGAAUAAUUUAAAAUAACAUUUUGAUCUGACAAAUAAACUAAUUUUAGUGCAGCUAGGCAGCAUUUAUGAGAACUAAAAUGCUUGACCUUACAGUUUAAUAACCCAAAACAGUUAAUGUAAGUAGAUAAACCUAAAGCUUAUGGGUGCUAGAUGAUUAUCUAGGUCCAGACCCACAAUCCACACUCUGAAGCUGAGAUGGGUUGGGUACUAUGAAAUCCUUUGAAUUCAUGUCUCUAAAUACUGAGCUUCUGUGGUUUUCUUCUGGCUUCAGCUUACAUGCAAAUGGUGGCUUUUCUUAAUAUUACUUACUACUGACUAUUUGCCUCUGUUAUUGUAGGAAAUGAAUUUUGAAAUGCAGUAUGGUUUUUUUCUUGGUAUAUGUAGAAUACAUAUCGUGUAUAUAUUUUUGUUAAUUAUAAUUAAAAAUACUUCUGGUGGGUCUUUACAGCAAAGUUUUGUAUUUCAUCACAGAAAAUAGGUUGGAAGGGACUUCUGGAAAGGUUACUUUGUCCAACUUCCCAGCUUAAAGCAGGAGGGGCUUAGGGCUUUGUUCAGCCUUCACCUCUGAACCUUAUUUUAAUGCAAUUUUUUUUCCAAUCAACAAUUGUGAUUUCCCACGUGGAGCUUGUAUCUGUGUCCUCCUGUCCUUCCUGUGUGCAUCUUCAAGGAUAAUUUCUCUGCCUUCUCUUGUACUCUCACCUAAUCAGAAGUUAAGGGUAACAAGAAGAUUUUCCUGCUAGGCUUAUAAAGACCAAACAAAUUCCUUGACAUCUUCUCAGACGCCAAGUGCUGUGCCCUUUACUCACCUUGGGAAUUUCCACUGGAUUUGCUUCAGUUUGACAAAGUCCAUCUUGUUCUCAGAAGCAUAUUUUCCAAAGCAAACUUUUUAUCCAAAACCAAACCUAUUUGUAUCUUUAUAAAUUAACCUCUGAGGACCAACUUUUCUAAGCUUUACAACCUCCUUUAUUAACAUUAAAGAAAAACAAAACUAAAAACCACAAACCACAACCACUGCCCUCAUUUUCAUCCUAAGUAUUGCAGUGUGGAAGGUUGUACAGUUAUAUUUAUCAACUCCCUGCAUCACUGAAUAAUCUGAUGGAUCUGCUACAGGAGCUCUGAUGGUGCCUUGUUCGCUUUUUACUUUCACUGCAAAGCUGAUGGGCUGUGAUAGAGUCCCCUGGCAGGGAGCAGCAGCACCAAGGAACUGUAAAUGUGUGUGCAAGAAGUGUUAUUGCAUGAGGGACCCUGACUGGCACAGAGCUUACUUGCAAUGGAAGGAUGCACUGGAGCAAACUGCAGGUGGAUGAGGACCCUCUGGAGCAGAGGAAUAGUUUUGGGAAUAUAGCAUUAAAAUCAGUUGUAGUUAUAUAAAUAAAAACUGGACUCCAGUUACCUAGCAAAACUGAUGUCUUGUAAGCAAAUGAAAGUUCAGACAUAAAGGAAGGAAAAAUGACAGUAUAACCAGUGAUUAUAUGAACCAAAUAAAACCUGUAAAACUAAUGGAGUUUAAAGAGUGAAUUUAUAUCUGCUACAGCUGUAUGUGCUACUUCCUCAGCAGAAAUCUUCCUGGCAUGCUUCAGUAAUUUAUUGGACAGACCAUGUACAGAACAGCUGCUGAUAUAUGCUGCUGUAAGUUAGUUGGAUUUUUUCAUUUGUUUUGACUUUUCUAAAUAGGAUUAAUAAGUAUUAUAAUCCAUUAUUAAAUAGACAAUACUAAUUAAACUUUAAUUAUGUAGCUCCUAUUAAAAAUCUAAGUUUUCCCUGC